AAUAUUGUCUGCCGGUUUUGCUGACGUCAUCCCUGGAGCUGCCCUGUCACGCGCUGUUAGUAAAAGUUGGGAUAGAAGCUCGAGUCAGAGAAACAACUGUUCCACGGACGAUCCUGUCACGCUCGUAUCCAUACCAACAAGCGGAAACUCACAACUCAUCCCUCGGACACAAACGUAUGCAAUAAAGGCAAACUAGACUCACAGAAAUUAUAGCAAUAAACUCUGGAAAUACCACUUCGGAUAAUCGUCACUGUGAAGGCUACACAUGCAGUAUGGCUCUUGGUCACUCGUAGCUACAGAAUUAGCUACCGGCAAAGUAAAAAGUUAAAUUAAAUGCGGUAGCGCGAGGAAGAUCCUGCAAGUCCCGGCGUAGAGAGUGACGGGUCAUCCCGAGCUGUCAAACCCGAUGACUACUGCAAACUGCAGCGGUAACGAGGAGCUGGACUUCAGACUGAUUUUCGGGGAGGAUGGGCAACAGCAGUCGCUAGGCCCUGCAGACCUCGAGCCUGACGACAACUCGUCCUUCUACAUCCUCAACGUGGGCCAGCCCCAGUCCGCGGUCAACCAGCCGAUCGGGAUCCCCCGCUAUGGCCUGCAGACCCACGCCCCCGUCGGCUCGGCGCCCUCCCGGCUGCAGGCCCACAAGGCCUACGACCCCGGGUACGAGUACGGCCCCGCGGCGGGCCACAGGGUCUUCGAGUGCCCCAGCAUCCAGAUCACCUCCAUCUCCCCCAGCUGCCCGCAGGACAUGGAGGCGGGCGAGGACGGGCUGGGGGGGGCGGCGGCGGGGCCCGAGGGGGAGUGCCAGGCCCAGGGCCAGGGCCAGGACCAGUGCCUGUCCCGGGGGCACCUGUACCUGCCCCUGGACCCGUCGUACCGGGACUCGUCCCUCAGCCCCAGCCCCUGCAGCAGCCUGUCGUCCCGGAGCUGGUUCUCGGACGCCUCGUCGUGCGAGUCCUUCUCGCAGGCGUACGACGACGUGGAGUCGGAGCUGAACGAGGCGGCGGCCCGCUUCACGCUGGGCUCCCCGCUGGCCUCGCCCGGGGAGGAGCCCUGGCUCCUGCAGCACCAGCACCAGCAGCAGCAGCAGCAGCACCAGCAGCACCAGCAGCAGCAGCAGCAGCAGCGCCACCCGCCCUUCCCCCGCCAGCUCUCCCCCAGUCGCCAGUCGCCCUGCCACUCCCCCCGCGCCAGCGUCACCGACGAGAACUGGCUGAGCCCCCGGCCGCCGUCGCAGCCGUCGUCCCGCCCCACCUCGCCCUGCGGCAAGAGGCGCCACUCCAGCGCCGACAUCUGCUACCCGGGCUCCGCCUCCCCGCGCCUCUCCCCGGCCCCCACGCCGGGCCACUCCCCGCGGGGCAGCGUGACGGAGGACACCUGGGCCGGCAGCCCCUCCUCCUCCUCCGCGGCGGCGGCGGCGGCGCCCCCCCCCUUCCACUGCUGCUCGGCCGCCGAGCUGGACGUCCCCUCCAAGACCAGGAAGACGUCGCAGGACCGGCCGCCGCUCUCCGGCACGGGCGACCCGGCGGGCCUGGAGGACCCGGGCAGCGUCUCGCCCUCGCGGGAGGGCCCCCUCUCCGACGACGGCGGCGGCGGCGGGGGCCACGGCCUCAAGAAGGACGGGUCCGCCGAGCAGUUCCUCUCCGUCCCCUCGCAUUUCACCUGGAACAAGCCCAAACCAGGACAUACGCCGAUCUUCCGAACGUCAUCGCUGCCUCCUCUGGACUGGCCGCUGCCCAGCCAGUUCGGCCAGUACGAGCUGAAGAUCGAGGUGCACCCCAGGGCCCACCACAGAGCGCACUACGAGACGGAGGGGAGCCGGGGGGCCGUCAAGGCCUCGUCCGGGGCCCACCCCGUGGUCAAGCUCUUGGGCUACAACGAGAAGCCGGUCAACCUGCAGAUGUUCAUCGGAACCGCCGACGACCGCUACCUGAGACCGCACGCCUUCUACCAGGUGCACCGAAUCACCGGGAAAACGGUUGCUACCCCGAGCCAGGAAAUCAUCAUCACCAGUACAAAGGUUCUCGAGAUUCCUCUCCUUCCCGAAAACAGCAUGUCAGCCAGCAUCGACUGCGCCGGGAUCCUGAAGCUGCGCAACUCGGACAUCGAGCUGCGGAAGGGCGAGACGGACAUCGGGCGCAAGAACACGCGCGUGCGGGUGGUGUUCCGCGUGCACAUCCCCCAGCUCGGGGGCAAGGUGCUGUCCCUGCAGGCCGCCUCCAUCCCCGUGGAGUGCUCCCAGCGCUCUGCUCAAGAGCUGCCCCAGGUGGACAAGUGCAGUCUGACCAGCUGCUCCGUCAACGGAGGGGAGGAGAUGGCCAUCACGGGCUCCAACUUCUGCCCCGAGUCCAAAGUGGUGUUCCUGGAGAAGGGACCCGAUGGGCGACCUCAAUGGGAAGUGGAGGCGAAAAUCAUACGAGAGAAAAGCCAAGGAGCGAACAUCGUGGUGGAGGUGCCCCCCUACCACAGCAAGACGGUGACGUCGGCCGUCCAGGUGCAGUUCUACGUGUGCAACGGGAAGAGGAAACGAAGCCAGUCCCAGCGCUUCAGCUACCUGUCAGUUCUGGUGAAGCAGGAGCAGAGAGACGAACAGGAUGUGGCCGCCGCCCCCUCCAUGCCCCCGCCCAUGGCCCUGGCUCCGCCUCCCAGCCAGCCCAAUCUCCACCUGCUCAGGAACCAGCUGUCUCCCCCCGACUCAGGCCAAGUGCACGACAGCCUGCUGGCCAGUCCCCCCCGAGGCCUGGUCCCCGGCUUGACACACCCCCAGCCCGCCUACUCUCCCGCAGGCUCCGCCUCCUUCCAGCACCUGCCGGGUCUCCAGGGCCACGGCCUGAGCGCAGGCUCCGACUGCCAGCUGAUGAGCCCGCCCCCCGCCUUCCACCCCGCCCGGGCCCUGCCCCUGCCCCCGCCCGCCAGACCCUCGUACCAGCCUAUGCAGCACAACCUGGCGUACAACGGCCAGUCCAGUCUUCCCAUGAGUGCCGGCUCAUCCCCGGCCUACGAACGGAUGACCUACCAGCCCGACCCUGCCGCCUCUCAUCCCCUGGGCCUUGGCAUGGUGUAUCACCCUCCCACCAUGGCCUCCAGCGCCGCCCCCGGCCAAUCCCUGCACUCCCACGCGCCCCCUCACCAGCACUCCCUGGGCUACCACUGCACGGCGCCGGUCCCCUCCCACCACCCAGGCUCCGUCCCUCCAGUGCAGCACUCCUGCCCACCGGCUCCCGAGCCCGCCCUCCCUCCCCCCACUGCCUCCCCAUGCCUCCGCCCCCUCCCAGAUGCAGCACUCCCUGGGCUACCACUCCGGUCCCAGAGCUCCGCCUCCUGUCCCUCCCCCACCACCUCGCCCCUCCCCAUGGCUCCGCCCCCCUCCCAGCUGCAGCACUCCCUGGGCUACCACUCCGGCUCCCAGAGCUCCGCCUCCUAUCCCUCCCCCACCACCUCGCCCCUCCCCAUGGCUCCGUCCCCCUCCCAGAUGCAGCACUCCCUGGGCUACCACUCCGGCUCCCAGAGCUCCGCCUCCUAUCCCUCCCCCACCACCUCGCCCCUCCCCAUGGCUCCGCCCCCCUCCCAGAUGCAGCACUCCUGGGCUACCACUCCGGCUCCCAGAGCUCCGCCUCCUGUCCCUCCCCCACCACCUCGCCCCUUCCCAUGGCUCCGUCCCCUCCCAGAUGCAGCACUCCUGGGCUACCCUCCAGCUCCCAGAACUCCGCCUCCUGCCCUCCCCCACCACCUCGCCCCUCCCCAUGGCUCCGCCCCCUCCCAGAUGCAGCACUCCGUGGGCUACCGCUCCGGCUCCCAGAGCUCCGCCUCCUGCCCCUCCCCCACCACCUCGCCCCUCCCCAUGGGGCUGUCCUCGUGCUCCGGGCCCUCCUCCCCGCAGCUGCACUCGCUCCCGUACAGGUCCCCCACCGGCUCCACACCCUCCCCGACCCCCAGCAGCCCCCUGAUGCACCAGCCCUCCCCCUCCGCCGUCAGCCCCCUGGGGCACACCCUGGCCCCUCAGCCUCCCUUCGCCCCUGAUGGGGAGCGACCGAGCAUCAAACAGGAGCCAGAAGACAAGGAGCCCACCUUCCGCUCCAUCGGACUGCAGGACAUCACGCUGGAUGACGUGAACGAGAUCAUCGGCAGAGACAUGUCCCGGGCCCCAGGGCCCGAGUCUUAGCUACUUCUGUAGCCGGGGUUUGCCUCCAGGGCCCUCCCUCCCCCCUCACCCCGUCGCCUCUCCGAACACUGGGCCCGUCACCGCGUCGCUGUUCCCCCUCUUUCUGCACUUCCACCGUUGCCUUCACCAGCAAGAACAGAGGAGAACAAGAUCCACGUACGCUGCAGAGACACACGCGCGGCUGAGAGGACGGCCAGAAAAGUGUAUAUAGAUGAACCUCUCUGUGGACCCAGCAGGUCUAGAAUAGGAUAUGGGCAAAGUCCACUCACAGGGGCGGGCAGUGGGCAGUGUCGUGGGUAUUCUUUUGUACUGCCAGUGUGACUGUGAUAAAACGAGCAGGUUGUCCCUGCCACACCCCACCCCCCCAUUUUUUCAGGGAUUAAAUGGCUAUUGUAUAUAAUGGACUUUGUGUUGGUACGACUGUUAAGUUUGAGGACACUCCGGAAGGUACUAUGCACCAGAAAGUCCCAACUGCCUCGAGAGAAAAAGAGUGGUUCGAGGCGCUCGAUUUUCAUAGGUAGCGCAAUCCUUUUUCGCAUUUCUCGUUGUUAUGUUACGGAGCUGCUGCUCUAGCUCGCCGAUGUAUGCUUGAAGCUGGCUGAGGGAUUCUCUAGAGCGAAGAGGACCUGGGUAUCGUGGAGAAACGCCCACAGGCCGCCGCGAUAGCCAGCGCGUCCCUGUCCUGCCAUAACAGGGCGGCGCGGGUCCUAAAUGGGAUUAGCUCAUUCUGCCGCGGAUCGAUCCGGAUCGAUCCGGAGCGACCUGGAAACGCACAGCGCCGGCGCCUGACCCCGUCGCCGGGGUCAGGGGUCGCCAACACAUCACGACGCGUCAUGACGUGCGAUGACACGGUCUCACGCGCAGAGCAACGCCCCAUUCUGCCUACUAAGCGCUAGGGAGUAAAUCAGUUAGGCUCGGGUUAGGAGUAAUAGGCCAGUCCUUCCUGGAGCUUCAUGGGAAAUGUAGUUUGCAACAUUCCAACACUUUUUUAAACUUAGAUUACUGUGUAUAAUUUCUUCCACUUCAGGUUACACAAAUGCCUUAUAAAUGUUUGAUAGCUGUAGACGAUUUCAAAGGCGAUUCAUUGGAAGUUUCAAUGUUUUAUAUAACUGAUUUUGGAUAUAACUGAGGGAAGAAAAGUUGAAGCUUUUUAGAAAUGUAUUACAUACAAAAUGCAGCUGUCAAAUAACACUUUGUCUGAAUAGAACAUUUUCGUAUGUGCUUGUUUAUCUCCAGAUGUCUAACCACCUUUUGAAGAGUGAGUUUAAAGUAACCUGAUGUUUUUCCAAGUGGAUUGUGUUGAAGAGGGCCAUAUAAUGCCAUAAGGAUGAGCAUUGCCCUGCUGCAUUGCUGAUAUACAAGCGCCUCUUUGUGCCUUUUCGACUAAAAUUACAAAUGUCUAUAUUAUGUACAUAUUUACAAGCUGAAUAUAAAUUAUAAAGAUUAUUGACGACCUACAUUUUUUUUGCAGGGGACAUGACACAAAUUGGUGGAAACCAAACAAGAAACUAUAUAUCUAAUUUGUAGUGAACAAGGUUAAACCUUAGCAUAAAGAACAAACUAUCCCACAACUCACUCCUGGAUGUCUCAUUUCAGUCUCACAGAUUGUGGAGAAGGCACAGAUCUUCGCCGUUGCAUUUGAGUUUAAAGCAAAACUGUGUGGGCCACUUGGGUUCACAUUAAUCCAUGCAUUUCUAAUCAGAUUCCGCUUUCUGUUCUUCUGACGGUUGUUUGGGGCGAUAUGGCUCAGGAGGUAAGAGCGAUUGUCUGGCAGUCGGAGGGUUGCCGGUUCAAACCCCGGCCUGGGCGUGUCGAAGUGUCCUUGAGCAAGACCCCUAACUGCUCUGGCGAAUGUGAGGCAUCAAUUGUAAAGCGCUUUGGAUAAAAGCGCUAUAUAAAUGCAGUCCAUUUACCAUGUGUUAUGCGGGAGGCAUUUUGGGUGGAUAUUGUGCAAAAUGAAAGCGUAUGGAAUAAUGGUACCUGACAGCAUUUGUUUGUGGGUCGGGUGUUUCUAAACCAAGCAAAAUGACAGAGAAGAAAGCUCUGAAAAUUAGCCCAAGAAAUAUUGACAUGAUCACUGAGCGAGUCAAAGUGUUGGUUAAGAAGGAACUUCCAUUCAAUUUGCAAGUCAGAACUGAGGACAAAUGUCGAGUGUAUCCAAGCCAUAGUCAGCUGACGUAUUUGCUUACGGCCUGACAUGAUGAAUUAUGAGCAGGGACUCAGUAAUAUGUACUGCGGCAUAGUAAUAUGUGUAACUUAUAUUUGCAGGUUUGCAUCAGCUCUGCCUUAACCUGUUCCAUUUUAAUUGACAAUGAAGAGGCUUGCUUGUCAUUACAUUUAUAAUCCGUCAUGGCCAUUUUAGGCUUUGCAAGUCUCCAAAAUGGAAGGUUGUUGAUGCUGUGCAGUCAUGUCAAAAUCACAGUGAAUUCCACUAUGCACCAGAACCUGUUUGAUGCCUUUCAAAAGAACCUUGAUGCCUGCAGACGUACAGCAUAAGUGUAGAUUCUUAUUAACAUAAAAAAUACACAAGACAUACUCAAGAACUUACACUUCUAAAGGAAUAUCUGCCUUGUAAAGAUACAGUACGUGCAUCGUAUAUUUGUAUAUAUUUGCGCACAUUGGUGUGUGUUCCCAAUAAACUGUAGAUUUGACUUCUUUGGGAAAAAAAGAAAUUCUCGUUGAAUUUCAAUGGACAAAAAGCACACGGUAGCAUUGGACUAUGCAAACUGAGGGUACGACAUGGUGUGAAAUUUGGCAGGUACUUAUUUAUAUGAGCUCACUCUCUCACACGUCGAUUGUAUUAUGCAGAAAUUUACGAGGAAAAAAAGUGAUGCUAUAUUGCGCUUUUCGAUGUCUUGACGGUCAUUCGUUUUAAACUAUUAAAACAAUAUACUGUAGAGAUGCCUUAAUAUAUGUAAAGACUGCUCAUUGUACGUAAACCCUUUUGCAAUUCUUUUAGAAAGAUUUUGUGAAAAUUUUAUUGAGGUAGGACAGCGGGGUGGAGACUGUUUAGGCCCACAGCCCUGAGGAACUUGGACGACACAAAGGUUUCCUGUCAGCACGCUCCACUGCGCUUCUCUGUUACCAAAGAUUGAACAACGCGUUUGACACUUUCAGACAGGGCGGAAAGGCUUGCUGUUGAACUCUAUUUUUGAUACUCUAAGAUGGAUGUCAUUCCUAACGGUGUGCGGUAAAAUAUUUUUUAAAAAAAGGUUUUGUAAAAUAAAAGGGAAAAAUGUAUACUUAGCUGAGGUUUACACAGCCUUGUAUUGUAAUUUGGUGUACAUUUUGUAUUUUAACAUUUUGUAAUUUUUAAGAAUGCAGUGCUUUUUUUUUGUUGUUGGAGAUAUUCAAAGGGAAUACCUUGUGUUUUAGGGUCUUCUUGAAUAGUGUAUCAUUAAAAGCAAAAUUCUGAACC